UUUUUUUCCAAUUUCAUUUUCACACUUUCCAACUUCAGCAGAGUCGAGUUCCUCGGUGUCCGUCGCGUUUUUGUCCAUCCGGAGUUAAAAUAAUCUUAUAUUCUGCUCUCAAAAUGAGUUCCAAAUCGGAAUCUAAAAGCAAGGGAACAUUUCAACCAGAUUCAGAUGUGCACAUCACAAUUGACGACCAGAUGAAGAUCAAUAAGUUCGCCAAUUAUAACGCGAAAGUAGAAGAUCUCAAGGAGGAACUGAAGAUCAAACAGAAUGAACUAAAAAAUUUGGAGGAAGCUGGUGACGAAAUUGAACUGUUGGACAACGAUACCCUGAUACCGUUUCUAAUCGGAGAAGUGUUCAUGUCGCAUGACUUAUUGCGAACGCAGGAAUUAUUGGCUGAAGCUAAGGAAAAGAAAAAGCAGGAGAUUGAAAACAUCCAAAAACUGUCCAAAGAUAUCCAGGACAAGAUGGGCGAACUUAAAGCACAUUUGUAUGGUCGUUUUGGAAGUAAUAUUUAUCUCGAAAAUGAUGAAUAAAUACAUUUGAAGGCAAUUCUUCUAAUUUAAA